UGGUUUUGCCUUAUGUGCCGCGUCACUUUGCAGCUAUCGUUGAAGUCAUAUCACGGCGGUAAUAAGCAACGCAAGUCAUAUCGCAGUUCGGGACUCUGGUUAGGAAGGAAGGAUGACCGCGUUCUAUCCUACAAAUCGGGGUUUACGUUAGAUCAUCCUACCAACUACUGUGGGGAUGUGCGUCGACAGCGGCUCGGUAAAUCUAGAAGCACUAAGGGAAUGCUUUGAGCCUCCUCAAAUGCAGCCCUGUAGCGCUCUUUCACGCCAGCGCGAUUGCGCGAAGCGCGAAAGCGAAGUCGCUUCAUCGGAGAAAGGAGAGGGGGAGAUGAGCGACGGCGACGCAGUGACAAUAGGAGAGAAGGAAAAAGGAGAGGUGGAGAUAAUAGGGGGAAAGAGGACGGAGAAAGGACUGGGGGAGAUGAGUUACGGCGACGCAACGACACCAGGGACAAUGGGAUGCAACGAGGCGACGGAGCAAAACGACGGUGACUAUCGCAGCAGUCAUCGCGACAGCCGUCACAGCAGUCCUCGCAGCAGCCUGCGAAGCAGCAGGAGCAACAGCUGCGACGGUUUCGAUUUCGCCCGGGCGUUCAGGGGACUGCCGCCGCGACUGUCGUUUCAAGAUGACGACGCUUCGCCGGACUUUUUCUCGGGAAGCACGGCGACAACGUCGCGGUCGAUCGAUUCGCCGAUCCAAGCGGUUCGUUCUCACAGCGGCGGCUUCCCGGGCCGCUUUCGCACCGGUUUCCGCGGGGAGUUUCGCGGCGACGUUCGCGUCGACUUCCGCGGCGACAUUCGCGGUGACUUCCGCGGCGAGCUUCACGGCAGUGCUGACGGCGACGGUGACGGCGAGGGGGAGGAUUUCCAGGGAGCUCAGAAUGUCGCGAUCUGGCCUGCGGCGGAAAAAAUAUCGGAUCUGGCCGUCCGAGAGCGUUCGACCGAUUCGUUCGGAGAAGCAUCGUCGAAUGGCCUGGGUCUUGACGGUGGCUUUAAGACACGUGACUAUAUAGCACGUGAAAGUAUGGCUCGUGGUGCAUGCGGUGGCUCCGGAGAUGAAGGCGAACGGGCUCCGUUAGAAGCUGACUCGAAGCAAGCGUUAGUGGCUCCCCAGCAGAGCUUGUGGAAAAUGUUUCGCGAAUCGGCGGGGUCGGGACCGCGACCCACUGCGUCGGCGAUUUCCGCCGCGGCGACGGAGGCGACGGAGGCGACGGAUGCGACGCCGUGUCUUCACUCGAAGCCCGACGAUGGGCCACGUCAGCAACCGGACGACGGGGAAGAUCGCGAUCAACCGCGACCGCGAUCGCGAGUGGUUAUGCAGAAAGAUUUGAGUGAAAGCGUUGCUACCACGUCAUCCCAUGAUCGCGUCGCUGCCACGUCAUCAGCCUUCUCGAAGGAGCUGGUUGACGAGGCUGCUGAGCUGGCUGAACGCUGGAGCCGAUUGCUUCGACACACGUGUCCACAGGACGGAAGCAGGCGGCCUACUAGCACUUGUAGCUCUAACGCCGAGUCGCAGAACAACUUGAACAACAAGAACGAAUCACUGGGUUUGGCAGAGCUCGCGCUUCGUGGAAGCUGCGGCGGCGCGCCGCAGAUCGCGCUGGUGUUUAUCAAUAGUAACGAAGGCCAGGAGCCGGGAAGCGAGGUGCAGGAGGGCCAUGAUUUUUCGCAACAGUUCGCUUCUGAUCGCGAAGCAAAGACGAAAGGGGAGGCGAACGGAAAGGCGGCUUGUGUGGAAGAGGUUCGGGUACAAGGCAGGCUGAUCCGAACCUCUUUGUGGGGCGAGUUUCGGCAACAGCAGCAGCAGCAGGGACAGGUUCGGAAGACAGGGCAACAGGUAUGGGAGCAGGCACGGGGGCAAGGGGGGCAGGAGCAGAAAAAUCCGCAGCAGAGCCUUGCUUGCGCUAAGCCAAAAGUCUUUCUGUGGGAGCAAUUUCAGAUUCAGAAAAGGGACGAGGUGGAAGAGAAGCAGCAGCAGCAGCAGCAGCAGCAGCAGCAGCAGCAGCAGCAUCAGGAGGAGGAGGAGGAAGGAGACAAAGAUGUCGAAACAGUGUCGCUGGCAAGUGGGCUGUUAGGCAAUUCUUUCAGCUUCUUCAAACUGCCCGAUGGGGCAGAGCUAAAAUCUCUGGGAUCCGAAAAUCAGUGCACGGGUGACCCUGAGGACUACCCUCAAAAGCCAUUGGGGGAACCACGCGACAAGCCACCUGAAGGGGAACAGAAAGAAAACUCGGAAUCUUGCAUUCUGACAUGCGAGGAUCAGCAAAGGCCGGAUAGCACACAAGAGUCACAAAAGUUGCCGUGUAGUCCACCCAAGAGUCCUAUCACCCCAUUUGAUUCCCAGAAUUGGCUGCUGACGCCGUACCAGCACUGUUGUACUCGCCGAUGGAGCAUGGAUGAUGGUCUUAUGGAGGCGAGUCAGCAGCGCACGGACCACCAUGACCACUUGUAUCAUCAUCCCCGGAUGAGCCUGGAUGAUGUGAGCCUUGAGUCGACUCAUGGAAGGAGCCUGGACCUUGACUUGGAUCACUGCAUGAGCACACAGAGCCGAGAUAAGUCUUUGGGAAUUCUAGACAACCUGUGCAGUGAGGGAAGAAGCAGUUGUUGCAGCAGUGGGCUCUGCCAUCCGUGCCUGUCCAAGUGCGGUGGAAUCCAGAAUGGUGGAGAGGGGUGGAAACGCAGCAGCACGCCGCAGCGCGAUAGUGGCGGGGCUCUGAACUGUGGGGAGUCUGCCCUGGUGCAGCAAUUGCAGAUGUGUCAGCUGCAGGAGGUUCAUCGGAGGGCGUGCCCGUCGAAGCGGCAGCAGAUGCGGUGCUUGCAUCAGCAGCAGCAGCAGACGGCGCACUUGAGGCUGGUGGAGAGGCCGAGACGGCGAAGACACAUGCGAGAGGAGCGUGGGUUGGUGAUGGCACGACUGAUGGGCAUGCAACUGGCAUGAAUCAUGAGGCUUCUCAAGACAGAUGCAUCACAAUGUGUGCUGGUGACACAAACAGUGACCAUGCAGCUGACAUGCAGCAUGGGUGGUGGGGGGGAGCACAGAGCUGACACGCACCAUGGGUGGUGGUGGAUUGAGCAUGCACCAUGGAUGGUGGAGGAAGUGAGCAUCGCUGGCAUGCGGCAUGGGUGGUGGUAGUGAGCAAGCACGCCAAGCCCACACACAUCUAAUCCAUUCCAAUGUUUUUCAAUUAUCCUAAUGUAACGCUUAUUCUUUCUACUAAUUUGUUUCGUUACACUUCUGUACCACACCUAUG